AUGGGCUACGACUUUACCGUCUUCAAAGGAUCCAAAGAUGGACCCAUACAGAAAGCAACCACCCACCGCGACGACCUCCAACGCGACCAAGUCCUCGUCCGUCUUACCCACUCCGGCGUCUGCUUUACCGACGUCCACUACCAGCAUGCAGACAUGGCCCUAGGCCACGAAGGCGUCGGCGUCAUCGAAGAAAUCGGCCCUGAAGUCCAUGGACUGCGCAAAGGCGAUCGCGUCGGCUGGGGCUACCAACACGACUGCUGCGGUCGAUGCGCCCAGUGUCUAACGGGCUGGGAGACAAUGUGCCCGGAGCGCCAGAUGUACGGAAGUGCCAAUCUCGACCAGGGAUCAUUUGCCACGCAUGCGGUGUGGCGCGAGCCGUUCUUGUUCAAGAUUCCCGAGGGAGUUAGCAAUGAGGACGGUGCGCCGCUAAUGUGUGGUGGCUCGACGGUGUGGAAUGCGCUGCAUGUUGGUGGUGUUAAGCCGACGUCGAGAGUGGGCAUUGUUGGAAUUGGAGGACUGGGACACUUGGCUAUCCAGUUUGCGGCAAAGAUGGGCUGCGAUGUGGUUGUCUUCUCGGGGAGUGAUAAUAAGAGAGAGGAGGCGCUGCAGCUCGGUGCGAAGGAAUUUUAUGCCACCAAGGGCGUGACGGAGCUUAAGAUUGGGAAACCGUUGAACAAUCUGAUCGUGAGCACGAGUAGCCAGCCGGACUGGAAACUCUAUGUUAAUGUCCUUGCUCCGGGUGCCGUUAUCUCGCCGCUGUCGGUGGAUAAUGAGGACUUCAAGUUCCCGUAUAUGGCCCUUUUGGCGAAUGGGUUGCGUGUACAGGGCUCGAUUGUUGCCGCGAGGCAGGUGCAUCGGGAUAUGCUUGAUUUUGCUGCGCUGCAUGGUAUCAAGCCUAUCUUGAUGAAGUAUCCUCUCAGUGUGGAUGGCGUGAACGAUGCCAUGAAGACAGUGGAGGAUGGGAAGAUGAGAUACCGUGGCGUUCUGGUUGUGGAGUAG